AUGGGCAUCCAUCGAACUAAGUUUGGUCGCGAAAUUGCAAAAAAUGAACAUGGUCGUCAGCAGAGUCGACAUGAUAGAGCUGAUACCAAUGAUGAGCCUAAUCUCAUAUUCUCUUGUAGCAUUACCGAGUUGUCUGGCAAGUGCCUCGACAUCACACCAUACGCUUCUCCUUGCCGGUUUCGCAUGCUUUCUUGUCUCUCUUUAGAACACGAAAAUCGCCUGGAUGUCUUCGAAUUCGACCAGUUACCCUCAGGGGAAUACUGUGCCGUCUCUUAUGUGUGGAGAGGAGUACCGGUUCCCGACUACGUCGACUCCGGAACAUUUACCGUUCGUGGUGCUGAAGAUGGGGAUCCCACUAGCUUGGAUGUGCUUCGGGACAUUGUCUGGGUAGCUGGUGAAGAGGGCAAAAAAUAUCUCUGGUUGGACCGUAUCGGCAUCGUUCAGUCAGACAAGUCUGACAAGGCAUGGCAGAUCAUACAGAUGUUCAACAUCUAUAAGGAGUCUACGUGUAUCAUCGUUCCCGGUGGCCUAGGGAGACUCGCGUUCUCAAAUGAUGAUACGACAUGGAUGGACCGUGCAUGGACCUUACAGGAAGCUCUGGCUCCAAAACGUGACGACGCUAUUGUCCUCUAUUCACAAAACCCUUCCCUGCAAUUCGAAACGCAUGUUGCAUCCCUUUCGUUUAUCGACACCAGGGAGAAACCAUUACGAUCAGGGAGAACAUCUGUACUGGCUGCCUAUAUGACGCUCGAUGAUGUCCUCACGGUCGCGAAAUACUCCAUCCAUCGGCCUUUUGGCUUCAACCAGGCGCACGCUCAACCGCUCAUCGGCGCCCGCAUAACGGGAGUCGGUCAACGUCAAGCCAUCUGGCAAUGUGCUCUCAUGCGUACCUCAUCUCGUCCUGUUGAUAUGAUUUUCAGCGUCAUGCAUUUCUUUGGCAUACUUCUGAAUCCCAAAGAAUUCGAGGACGAUGAUCGGCUAGGAGUAACGGUCAGAUUUGCGCAAGGAUCCUGGAAGACUCACGAAAGGGUGUAUUGGACGACUCGGACCAUUGGUUAUGCGCGUUGUAUUUUAUGGAGACGUCUCAACAAAUGUCCACAUUUCCCUAUGUUUGCCACGAGGUCAAAAUCAGUAUCGGUGGUCCAGAGACUAUCGUUCGGCGUCCCUCUAGAGGUACUUGAGAAUGACUGGAUGGGAGAUUUCCCCGUUUGCUCGGGCGGCAUGAGAUAUUUUGUGGACGCUACUUAUGCGGCAAUGAAGAUGUUGACAGAAUGA